CACUUGUGCACCCAAAUGCAUACACUCUUAGAGCAUAUCACUUCUGCACCGCUGCGGAGCUACUUCACACUUCACACCAGCAUAUUCAUGUGACAGGACUCCAAGGUCUUUGGAAAAUAAAACCAUCCCAGAGGAAACCACGCAACAAUGCAGAGAUCUGUGAAAAUAUACUGUUUCCUGGUCUUCAUUUUGUCUAAGGGUAUAGAGUGCAGCGCAACGUACAAUAAUGGAACUAAAAGUAACCAGACUUCAGAUACGUCGUCUCCAAUGCCAAAUUUGAAUUCGAUCACCAUAAAACCAAAGCCCAGUGCUACAACAGAAGAAAAAACAGAAACACGAUCUAUGUCUUAUGUCACCAAAACUACCACAACACAAGCCACGAUAGAACUGUUGCCCUUUCUGUUUUUAAAGUCAUCAGAAGUGAUGCCUGUUACUCUGUCCCUCGUUGCGUUGUGUAUUUUCCUCGUUGUAAUCAGCAUCCUACUGGCCUGUAAGGUGUGCCAUCUAAAGUCCUCCAGAGAUUACCAGGUCAGGAGCAACACUAACAUGAACUUCACUGAGGCAUCCCCCUCCGCCAGCGAAGAGUGUUUCUCUGCGGAUGGCGAGUUUUCUGAGACGUGUGUCAUGAUGAGCGAGACGGGCGCGUCUCAUGAUACAGAGGACAAAGGCAGAGUCCCUGAGGAGGAGGCAGGAGUCACUGCUGGGGAGGUUAACGGCCAGACUCUCCCUGAACCGGUCGCGGAGGAGGCCACGCACACCACCGAGACAGCGCCCCCACAAGACACGCCCGAGGAGCGCGACGCUACAGAGGCCGAGUAAAAAGAGCCGUGCAGUUAAAAAACAACACACAUCGCACUCUGCUGGCGAGUUCGAUCUCAAGGCCAUCGUGUCCUUUUCAUUCACUUCAGAUCUACUCUGCUUUUGCGUUUGGUAUUCCGUAACCAGUUUAGUCAGCUACAGUUUAGACAAAUUAGAGACAACUGGAAAAGACUUUUCUUGAGUAAAUGGGGGGGGGGGG